UUAUGAAUGCUAAUAAACAAGCUGAAGAGCAGCCAGAGGAGGAUGCAACAGAAUUGAAAUUUCCCAAAGAUUUUGAAGUUCCUGGUUGUGAUGCUUUAAUGAUUUCAGAAGUUUUUCUUCUCCUCGAUCACAGACGUAAACAAUCGGAACAAAAAGAAGAAAUUGAAGAUAUAAGCGAAGUUUUUUUGAAAACUCUCAACUACACUCGAAGACUUUCGAAAUUUAAAAGUCGUGAGACAAUUCGUUCUGUUAGAGGAAUAUUUUCUGGAAAGUUAAAUCUACAUAAAUUUGAAGUUGCUCAAAUUGCUAAUCUUUGUCCUGAAACAUCUGAGGAGGCAAAAGCGUUGAUACCUAGUUUGGAAAAUAAAAUGGAAGAUGAAGAAUUGGAUGAAUUAUUAAAGGAUUUACAUGCGAAGAAAACUUUUCAAUAA